CUGAAGUGCAGCAAAUAGUUUUUAUUAAAACGGUUUGCGCGCCGACACGAAGUAUUAUACUGGUAGUAAUUAUUUUUAUUCACUUUUAAGACUUACUGCAAAAAGAUUUCGUUCAAAAAAUGAGACUUCUCUUAAGUAUAUUAUUGUUUGCCUUUGCAAAGGGCCAAAUAGAUGAGUACAGAUUAUCAUCUGCAGUAAUACCGAGUAGUUAUACCAUAGGAUUAACUGUUCAAUCAAAUUUUGGAGAGACUGGUGUUUUUCAAGGAGAGACGUCUAUUUAUCUUACUGUAUUAGAACAGACGUCUACAUUUGAAAUUCAUGGAUCAGGACUGACAAUUACGUCUAACACGCUGAGAACUACCCAAAGUUCGACAAAUUUAAUAUCAAAUAUUGUAUACAAUUCAACAACGCAGAAGUACACCAUAACUACCACAUCACCUCUAAGUAUUGGUACUGACCAUUACUUCUUGACAAUCGCAUACAAUGGGAUUUUGUACGACGAUAUGUAUGGCUUUUAUAGGAGUUGGUAUUCUGAUGAAAAUGGACAAACUACAUGGUUGGCUACAACCCAAUUUGAACCGACUUAUGCUAGAAGAGCUUUUCCUUGCUUCGAUGAACCUAACAAAAAGGCAACUUUUCAAGUUUCUAUCACAAGACCGUCCACGUAUAGAUCUCUAUCCAAUGCUCCUUUGGAAUCAACGGUGAGAGUGAGCGCCAAUGUAGAGAGAGACACUUAUCAAACAACACCAAUAAUGUCCACUUACCUUGUCGCUUUCAUCGUAUCGGAUUAUGCAAGUAUAUACGAUCCUGUCGAUAAGAAUGGUGUUUGGUCUCGAAAAGAAGCCAUCGGUACAGGCGACUACGGUUUCCAAAUCGCUCCAAAACUGGUAGCUGCUUAUGAAAAUUAUACCGGGAUUGAAUACUUAUCCACUGGAAUCGGUAAACUGGAUCAAGUAGCUAUUCCAGAUUUUGGCGCUGGAGCUAUGGAAAAUUGGGGAUUAAUUACCUACAGAGAGUACGCAAUUUUAUGGGACCCUAGUCAAUCAAGCCACAAUUAUAAAGAAUCUGUAGCAACAACAAUAGCCCACGAAUUAGCUCAUAUGUGGUUUGGAGAUUUGGUAACUUGCGAUUGGUGGAGUUACACGUGGCUAAACGAGGGAUUUGCCCAAUACAUGGAAUAUAUGAUGACUGCAAGGGUUGAAACAACUUGGGAAUUAGAAAAACAAUUCGUUGUAACCUUGGUCCAGGGGAUAUUUGCAAGUGACUCCACGUUGUCGUCACAACCAUUAAAUGCAAACGCUUCUACAAUUUCUGAAAUUAAUUACAAAUUUGCUUCACUAACUUACUAUAAAGGAGCUAGUAUAAUAAGGAUGAUGAGAGAUUUCCUGGGAGCAAACCGUUUCAGAAAUGCAAUCCAAUUCUAUCUUUCAAACCAUACAUUUUCAACUGCAGUUCCUGACGACUUAUGGGAGGCCAUGGAAGCCUAUUCUAGAGACGUUGAUUUACCUGCUACUGUAGGACAAAUUAUGUCAACAUGGACCGAUCAACCCGGAUUUCCGGUUGUACGCGUUUCCCUAAGUGGAAGUACCGACGUCAACAUUACCCAACAAAGAUUCUUGCUGAACAACAACAACACAAGUGAUCUUAAAUAUUACGUGCCAAUAAGUUAUACGAAUUCGACUGCGAAAGACUUUGAAACGGUUUCCCCAAGGCACUGGUUACUACCAAAUUCGAAUUUACAAAUUUCAAACGCCCUUCCUAGUUCAGGAUGGAUAGUGGUUAACAUUCAAGAAACUGGUUUUUAUAGAGUUAACUACGAUGAGACAUUGUGGCGUAGAUUAGCUUCGGCCUUAAAAACUGCUAAUCACGAUGGGAUAGAUGUGCUCAACAGGGCUCAAAUAGUCGACGACUCUUUCAACUUAGCCAGAGCUGGACUACUUCCUUAUGGGGUUGCAUUGGAUGUUACUUCAUAUCUUUCGACAGAGACCGAAUACUAUCCUUGGGUUUCGGCUUUGGAAGCUUUGAAUCAUUUGAGGAUUCGUUCAGCCAACAGCACAUCUUUGAGAUCAUUUUUGGAGACCCACAUUUUGGAUUUGAUUUCUACCGUUUACGAAGGUCUUAGUUUUGAUUACGAUCCAAACGAAUCCCAGGCGGACAUCUUGAAGAAAGUGACAAUUUUGAAUUUGGCUUGCGAAUUAGGACUGGAAAGUUGUGUCAGUCGAGCGAACGCUCUGUUCAACAAUUUCAAAAACAAUAACGUUUCGGUAAAUCCAGAUACAAGGACCGUGGUCUAUUGUACUGCUCUGAGGACUGCUACAAGUCCUGACAAUUGGUACUUCUUGUGGAAUAGAUACUUGAAUACAAAACUGGCUUCGGAAAUGAAUAUUAUCCUGAGCACUCUGGGGUGCACCAGAAAUGAUACGCUUCGGACUGAAUAUUUGCUGAAAAGUAUAACACGGGACUCAGGAAUACGAUCACAGGACUCCAGAAGUGUCUUCCAAUCUAUAUACGUCAGGAACCUCGAUGGUGUAGAUCUUGCGUAUAAUUUCUUUAAAACAAAUUUCCAAAGCAUAUCUAGCUACUAUGGUGGUGGCACCUCCGUGGGAACUAUCGUGAGUGGAAUAGCUAGCAGAUUUACAAACAGUGAACAGAUAGAAGAUUUUGAAGCAUUCAUUCAACAAAAUCGAGAAAUACUGGGUGGAGCAUUGUCAGCUGCUGAAGGAGCUGUUGAAAGUGCAAGGGCCAAUGUUCAAUGGAUGAAUUCCUAUUCGGACUCAAUUUUGCAGUGGUUUGUACAGACUUACGGUAGCAGCAGUGGUAUACCAAUCUUUGGCAGGCUUUUACUCGUUCUUUCUGUUAUUGUAAUUUUUAUUAGAUAAUAAUCUUAUGAUUAUUUUAUUUAACAAUUGAUCUUUAUACACUUAUUAUUAUGUAGUUAGUCCAUUAAAACAAAUAAAUAAUAAAUAAACUAGUACCUACAA